AUGGGAGAGCAACAGGGACUGGAACAACAGCAAGAACCAAACAUGGAUGGAGGACUGGGCCAGCAUCUGCAGUUUGAUCAGAACCACCUGGGUUCAUUUGGAGGACAGCAUCAGCAACAUUUUGCUAUGAAUGGUGAGAUGGGCCACCAGCAACAACAGGUUUGGGUUGAGGCAAUCGAUCUUAACGAGCACAAUCAGGGAAACCCAAGGGAACCACAACAAGUUAACCCUUGGGAUCCAUGGCCAGCAUGGCCUGAAGCACCACCAGCCCAGCAACAGGCCCAACAAGUCCUGGACCUAAAUCUAGCGCCUCCAGCCCAGCAAGUCAUGCACUUUGAUCUCAACAAUCUGGCUGACCCUAUGGAAGUCAUCAUUACCCCAGCCAACCCCCCAAGCCAAGCUUAUCUUGAACUUCUUGAGAUUGAAGCAGUUAUAGAGGAGCACAUCCCACAGGAGCAGCAACAGAACCAACAGGAUCUCAACCAGAACCACAUGCUGAUAGAAGAAGAGAACAACUUUGUAGUGCUUGGUUUCCCCCUGCCACCACUAGAAGAUGUACUGGGAGAAGAAAUACCUCUAGACCAACUCAUGGGUCAAGAGAAUGUAAAUCAAAAUGUAAAUGAGGAAGAAGAUAAUCCUCAACCUGAACAGCAGGAAGGCCCAGGAGAGGAAGAGAUCCCACACAAUGAUAACAUGCAUCCACCUCUAAAUCAUGAUGAAAUUGAGCUCAUCCAGCUAGCAAAUGAGGAUAUGCAGUUAGCUAAUGUCAAAAUUCAGGAGCACCAUCAACCUCCACCUCUAAACCAAGGCUCAUAG